ACAAAUAUUUAACGACUUUUUUUUCUUUUCUGCAGGAUGUGGUGGACAAUUACUGGAAACUUUGGAAAUAUUUUACCAAUUGAUUGGUCAAAAACAUACGCCAGGCAAAUGCAUAUGCCUGCUUUGAAACUAAAUCCAUGUUCAGGGCGCUUAAAUAUUCAUGACAUUCAAGACCUUAGUUCGGAAGACGAAGCUGUCGCUAAUGAUUUAGACAUGCAUACUUUGAUUUUAGGAGGCCUACACCAAGACACUGAUCCCAUUAAAACAGCAGAAGAAGAUAAAGAGAUCGACGACAUCAUCGAAGAAAGCAUAUCUGAUGAAGGAAUUUUGCAAUGUGGAACAAUUGAGAAGGCGAUUGAAAUUUUAGGAUCUCCGUUUUAUGAAGAAAAACUGCGAUCUUUAUCGAUAACUCAAUUGAAUGAACUGUACAUGGAAAUGGAAGUAUUAAUAAGAGAGUUUUCAGAGACUCUUAUUUCGGAAUUGGCAUACCGGGACGAACUAGAAUAUGGAAAGGAAUUGAAGAAUACUUUUAUUUCAUUGCUAUUAGCCGUACAGAACCGUCGUCGACAGUUUCAUGUUGAAAAAAAGAAAGGAAAGGCCCAAAUUAAGCCAUCUGCAUCCACAGGAGAUCCUAAAUACUUGACUACUGUUAUACCUUACAACACCGAUACUGCUCCAGAAAAUCAAACACUUCAAGUGCUUAUCAAAAUUUUGAAAGCCAUAAAUGAGGAUAGCCCAACUGUUCCCACUCUUCUCACGGAUUACAUAUUGAAAGUGUUAUGCCCAACCUAAAUAUUUAAAUUGUAUUGUGAAAGCUAAUCUAAAUUAAAUAACAAAUAAAUCUUGGCUUUGAAGAGUAAUAAAAUGUGGCUAAACACUAGGAUUAUAGAAAGUUCUUAUACCUCUCCGCUCUUUCAAAACAAUUUAUGAAAUGCACUAAUAACUCUUAUGAAAAUAAAUCUGUUUAUGUCCGCGGACCAAA